AUGUUCAGAGUGCUAGGAGCUUUGACAGGUGCAGGAAAACCUGCCCCUGUUUCUCAAGAGGAGAGAACUCAAAAGAUUUUAGAGCAGGCCCAUGACUUUGAAAUUGCUUUGCAGGCCAUGGAUUACGUCUUAGACGACCAUGCCGAAAAGGGAUUAAAACUACUUUUGAAUAAUGAGCGUGACGAUAAGGACUGUACUAUCAAUGUAUUGGCACGCGGAGUAAUCGAAUUUCUGGAAGCCACGUUAGGAUUUGAAGCUAGUGUUAUGAAAAAAGCUGCAGAAACGCUCUCUGAGGCUGAGCAGCUUUCUGCCAAGAGCAGACAACAAUAUCAAAAGUCGGGCUUGAAGACGAGUUCAUUAUAUCCACCUGGUACUGAAUAUGCAGUUACGUAUACUGAAGCUUGUUUACUGCACGCUCUUUUGAUGUUGUUCAGCGAAAGUAUGGUGGAAAGUGCCAAGGCCUUGUUCAAGUUGAGAAGAGCUUAUCAUAUGCUACAGGAAAUUUUGAAUGACAUUAAGAAAGCUGAAGCAGAAAAGAAGUCACCAAUGUAUGCACAGAAAGUUAAUGACUCAACUGCUUCCUUCAUUUCGACCGAAACAACUUUUACUUCUGUUGAUAUCCCUUAUAAAUUAACUCCUGAGGAACAAAAAGAUAAAGACUUGUUGGAUCUUGCUGAGAAAAUUUACUCCAUGCGUGAAAAGAGAUUAUCUGGUGCACACAUAGGAAAUUCUCCAGCUAUUGAAAGAUUAAGAACGGAUUUAGGCCUAGAGGCUCUUCAGAAACUACCCAAAAAUGAGCUUGAAUCCAAGUACACACGACUUUCAGACAAUAUUGAUCAAAAUCAAGCGACAAUUGAUGAGUUUAUUCAUUCUGGUGUAAAUCUUUGUUUUGGAAUUCUUCAGGUGGUUUUAUCGCUAAUUCCACCUGCUAUUGGUGCGGUAUUAUCGGUGGUUGGAUUCCAUGGGUCGCGAGAAGAGGGCUUGCGCAUGGUCUGGAAGUCUACCAAAGACAGAAAUAUCCAUGGCGGUAUAGGCCUCCUUGCAUUAUUGUUUUAUUAUGAUGGUCCUUUUCAAUUUACUGAUGUUGAUUUCGAUGUUCCCUCUGCAGAUGACAACUUGAAGAAAAUUCAAUCUGGAGAAAUGGACAAGCCUACACUUUUGCACCCGGGGAAGAUUCUUGAGCAUGCUCUUCUUCAAGCAAGGGCACUCUUUCCCAAUAGUGCCCUGUGGUUAUUACAAGAAGCACGUAUGUUAUCUUCCAAUGGCCGUUUACAGGAUGCUGUUGACCUGAUGGACUCUAUUGACGUCAAUAAAAUUGAAAUGAAACAAGUUAAGGCUUUGAUGAUUUUCGACAGGGCAAUGACUUUGGUUCACUUACAUCAAUUUGAAAGGGCUGCGGAGGAUUUGCUGGCCUUGAUAGAAAUUAACGAAUGGUCGCAUGCCCUAUAUACUUAUUUUGCCGGCUGCUGUUAUUUGGAAAACUAUCGCAUGUGUCAACUGGACUUGAUGGAUAAGGAAAAGAUGAAUUAUUAUAAGGAGCGUGCCACAACUUUGAUUUUUGAUGCUCCUAAGUUGGUGGGCAAGAAGAAAUUCAUGUCUAAGAAUCUUCCUCUGGACAGGUUUAUGUUGCGAAAGGUUGAACAGUUCAAAGAAUUCCAAGCAUCACUCGAGACUACAGAUCCCUUAGAUUCAAUCGGUGUUUCCCCGGUUCAUGAGCUGACAUACUUCUACAAUGGUUACAACAGAAUGACAAGGGAGAAUUUAGAAUUAUCUCACAAAAUGUUAACGGAGUAUCAUAACCCGCUAAUCGACGCUCAUGAUCCUGACCAAGAACUUCUCAAGAAUUUACUUACCGCACUGACAUUAAGAAGACUUGGCAAUGUUGAAGAGGGCUGCAAAUUGUUGGAUGAAAAAGUUCUUCCUGAGAUAAUUACUUUGCUACCUAACGGCAAAAUUAGAUAUAUCAGGAAAACAGAAGAUCCUUGGGCAUACCCCUCUGCUCUAUAUGAGCGUGCUUUGUUCACCUGGAAGCUGAAAGGAUUGGAAGGCUUAGAGGAGAGCAAGACUUGGCUAGUCAGAGCUCAAGAUUACGCCGAUGAUUACGAGUUGAGCACUAGGAUAGGGAUGAAAAUAAAGGCUGCAAUUGAUAGGCUUGAAGACUCCUAA